AUGAUGAUAGUACAUCUUAGCAUUCCUCUCUGGCAAUAUCUUUUUACUGCAACAGGUCUAAGUGCAGAAACAAAGGUAGACAUAACUUAAUUUGUGAUUUUGCAACAAGUUAAUCAGUCACUUAUUAUUGACUUAAGAUUAAUGUACUGGAUUGGAAGGUCCUGGUUUGAGUGUACUAGAAACAGUUCGGAAUAAUUUCGGAAGUGCACAGAGGUUACUUCCAUUAGACCGGCAUUCACUCAAGGAAGAGCAACUUGCAAUCAAGUUUUCAGAGCAGACUCUCUCCUUUGGUGUUCAUGGUUUUUGCAGUUAAAAGGUUCCUUAUUUAUUUCUGAGGGUUGGUAUCUCUGCAGAAACUUGGUGGAAACUAAUAGGAAAUCAUUUCUUCUGUUUACAGCAAUGGUUCAAUCUCUAUGCACCAACUAGAUUAGCCAUUGACAUGGCCAAUGUGGAACAAAAGGCCCAACAGAAGCCAAAUUCAACAGAGAGAAAUAAGUCUGCCACAAAUCUUCCUUUCAACUCAAUAGAUGUAAACAGACUCUUUAGAGGUAAAACUGACAAAGGAAAGAGUAAGCUAUCCCAGGCAAAGAAACCACCUCUGGGAAAGACUCAAAACUCAAGUCAGGGUUGACAGGGGCAGUCUGGUAGAUCAGCACCAAGAUGAAAACAACAUGUUUUAAAUUUCUCCACUUUGUGAGAUGUGGUUACCAUAACUGUUUUAUAAGGCUGAGGUACAGCUCUUUAUCUUAAAGUGCACUUUGAUGUGUUUCAUGAACAGCAAAGCCACAACUUUUGUCUGAAAAGCACCAAAGGAAUAAAUUACUGGAAACUAACUUACUGGAAGUCAAGGUUACCUAUUGCUUUUGAAAAUAGCAAAAAUGGAAAUGCAAUUAUUUUGUAAAUGAUAUUGUAAAUCACCACCUUCCCCAAUCUAAAAUUUGUACUGGGGAUGGAAAAGCAAAACAGUUUUGAGCAGGGUUCUAUCAACAUAAUAAUAUUACAAAGAAAUGAUGAUGUGUUGACAGUUCUGUCACUGAUCAAAUCCCUUCCAGCUUCCAUUCCUUAAGGGGAUAUAAACUACAGCCUCCCCUCUUAAUUGGAGCAAAUGAGUACUUUACCCUUUAACUCCUAGAAGUGAUGGACAUGUAACUUCUCCCAGUAAAAUACACCCAUUAUCCAUGAAACAGGUACUAAGAAUACUUACACACAUCAGGUGAAAGUUUUUAUCCUGGUCUAACACCAAAUUCUUGUAACUUAUUGACAAGGAAAUGUUUAGC